GUGCCUUAGCCGCCCCCACGACGUCAGUUUCUACCAAGCGUCGCUGCCGGCAGGACAUACCGUUGUUGUUGCGUCGGGACGCUGACUGUUGCACGUCGCGUGGACGAGUGGCGGGAUAUUUCGAGAGAUAUUUAGAACCGGUAUAAACGAUUCUAUAGCCCCGUGUUAUUGUAAACGAUUAUUUACGGCCGAUUGGAAUGUUAUGUGCGCGCUGAACAUCCCCAAAAUUGUCCGAAUCCAGUGAUGGUGGUUCCGAAGCUGAAGCUGAGGACAAAACUGUUGGACUUGUGAUGCGAUUGGUCGCGUGGAAUUCACUGAUUAUGUUCGAUAUAGUGUUUGUGUUCUUCUUGUUCUUGGUGGGAGUCACGUGUCUGGUCUACUACUUGCCUGGUAGAAGAGUCAUGGAAUCGGACGACAACAGGCCCCUGCAGUGUUACGUCACUGUUACAUCAGUUGGGGAGGUGCAAAAAUCACCGAUCGACCAUGUUUGAGAGGAGCUUAUGCAACGUUUUCAAGGAUCUAACAGCAUCAAUCAACUAUAUGGAGGAACCCGACAUGCCACCCUUGGGGAUCUCUUGACGGCACGUCCCACAGGUCUCACCGAACCCGAAGCGUGGGCCGUUCUGUGCCAAUCGGUGCAGGCCUUACAAGAUCUUUUUUUGUCCGAUGGUGUCAAUAAUGAUUCGUGUAUUCCAUUGGUUACACCUAACUACCUGAUUUUAUCUGCUAAGGGCAGAGUGGAGCUCCAACAAAAUCCUUCUCAUGGUUUCAUUCCACCACCUCAUCUGUCAGGGUAUCUUGCCCCUGAAUAUAGGCCGAAUAAACAUUGGACCGAUACGGAAACAGAAAAGAUGUGGAUCUAUGGUUUGGGAGAGACAAUGAAAAGAGCAAGUUUGACCAGUCACGCUGCCACAUCCCGUCUGAGCAUCGAACUAUGCAGGGUUCUAACGGAUAUGACUCGCUUUCCAGCUUCCUCCAGGGCAUCCCUGAUGAACUUGCUAGACGUUAUAUCAGAAUACUGCAAGAAACGUCAACAAAGUCGGCCUUUCUCGCAUAUUGUGAUGGAUCUUCAUCAAGAGGCAAUGGCAGCUGUAGAACUCGCAUAUGAGACACCAUGGGGUCCACCAGCAAUGCCAGAAUUAAAACCAAGAACAUCUCAAAGAAGCGAUUCCAAACACACAGAAGCUACUGGAACUAUACCGAGGAGGUGGCCUGGUUACGUCCAAUCCAGAACCACGACGAAAGAAGCCAGUACAAGCAUGGAAAAUGUGGCUUUUUUGCCGGAGGGUGGGGUUCCAGGAUCGGUUUGCAGGCCGAAAUCCAUGUGCGUUCCCCAAACGCCUUACUACGAAAGUGAAAACAUCUAUGACGAGCUCCCUACUGACUACAAUAGGUAUAGUGAUGAACAUAGAAAUAACGGUAGUGGGGACCAUGGUGAAUUCAAAAUGCCUAAAACUGUAAAAAAGUGCUCUUGUGAAACGUCUUGUGAUAGUUCUUGUGCCAGGAGGUUAAGGAAGGGUAGGAGGAAUCCCGUUCAACGUGCUGCUUCUAGGUUAUAUACUGCUGGAAAAACGGAAUCAAAGUGUGGUUCUGCCGGUGACUGUGUUGGUCCAGAAUUCGUAGUAAGAGCAUCCUUGCCAAAUAAAAAAUUAGCUCUACCAGAUCACAAAAACAGCAACAGAAAAAAUGUUCUGGUAAUCCUACUCAAUGGACAAAAGUUGGAUAUCUUAUGCAACCCCAAUACGACUACAGCAGGUCAAUUAUUCGAGCUCAUCAUUCAGAAAGAACACAUCGAGGAGAACUUUAUGCUAGGAAUGUCUGCCCUUAUAGCAGGUGAUUUCGUGUUUCUUCCAUCCGAUACAAGAAUUUGUAAGGCUAUGCAGCCGUCAGAGUCUUUGGGUGAUAUGCCAGGAACUCUGACGCUUUUUAUGAGGGUCAGGUUUUUCCUUCCGUCCCUAAGGGGCAUACGGAGUCCACAGGCUCGGCAUCUGUUGUAUCUUCAACUGAGAAGGUCAAUUUUAGAGCAUCAGUUGCCUUGCUCUUUUUCCCAGUUGAUAGAGAUGGACGGCCUUGCAAUGCAAGCUGAGUUUGGAGACUACAAGGAAAAGGAGCAUGGAACGAGUGAUUAUUUUUUGUUGGAACAUUAUGUACCCGAUACAAUGGCCUGUGCUGUUGAUGAUCACAAAUAUCUACGAGAAGAACUUGUAAAAUCCCAUAAAUCGAAAUAUGGAAUGAUACGGGAGAAGGCGGAGGAAGACUUCAUCAGCUGCGCCCAGAAGUUAACACAUUAUGGUGGUCAUUUUUAUACUGCCACUUGGACACUCAAGGACAAUUCCGCCAAGGAUGUCUGGUUGUACAUCAGUGCGCAGGGAAUAAACUUGUAUAAGAGAGGUCAAACAACAAGUAAUUGUGGACCAGAGCUUUAUGAAAUGUUCGACUGGAAAAAUAUACAAACCCUUUGCUAUAGUAAACGUUACUUAUGUGUGAUACCGAAGGAGAAUAAGUUCUUUGCCUCCAAAUUGAAGAAAUACAAGUUGAAGAUGGACCAUAAGAAGAGCUACUUUACUUUCCGUUUGGCCUCUCUGCAUCACCAAUUCUUUCUGAGACUGAGGACGGAAUAUGCAUCACUCCAGUCGCUCUCGCAGCAAUUUGGCAUUCCCCUGAAAGAGAUGAAGAAUGAAACCAACUCCCUAUAUAAAUUGGAGGCCCUUACCGAAUAUAAGGACCUGGACUUGGGGACCGUCAAUGCUGACACCGAAUUCAGGAUUGAAUUCAGACCGUCUUCCAGAAACAGCGAUCUGUCCGAAAAUUACAAAUACAGAAGAUCGAAAAGUGCUGACGACUUUCCCAAUGAAGAUGACAAGGAAAAGUGGAAUUCGCACUAUGUGGUGGAAAAAAAAAUCGGAGAAAAUCCGUCAUCCCAUGGCAGCCAAUAUGUUUCCGGUGUGUCAAACGUGACCGAUAAGAGGAGGGGAGUAAAAAUGGGAACAAGAGCUAUCGGAGGAACAGGGUGUAGGAUCUCGAGAUCGAUGGAGGCAGUCAACGCUAGGGAUGACUUAGAGAGUUUAUCUUUGCAAUCUGUCUCACUGCACUGCAGUUCAAAUUCUAUAAGGCUUUCUGGCAAUGAACUUCUCUCACCUAACUCGAAUGCUUAUAUACUUGACUCGACAAUAAAGGCCUACAGUAAUAUUUUACCAGAUUUCCACGAAAGUCUAAGUGAAUCUCUCCUAGAUAAGUUCAACAAUAUAUCAUUUACAGAAGAAAGAGUGUUUUCCACAGUCGUUGUCGAAAAAGGUAGAAAUGGUUCUUUAGGAAUACAAAUCACACAGGGAUCAGAUGGAAAUGUAUAUAUCCAGACGGUAAUAUCAGGUGGUGCUGCACAUUUGACAGGAAAUAUGAUGACAGGAGAUCAAAUAGUAGCUGUUGAUCAUCAGAGCCUUCUAGGCAUGAAAUAUGAAGAUGCUUUGAACUUGCUGAAGUCCACAGGGCCAAAGGUGGAGUUUAUCCUUUCACGAGUCGUUCAGAAUGGGAAUGGCACCAAUCAUUCAAAAUCUCUAUCAAUGGACCCGAACAUGCUCCAGGCUAAGGUUAAUCUGAGCAACAUCAACGAUUCCAGCAUGACAAACUUGAGACUUCAGAAUACCAUGAAUAAACUUAGAAAAAUGUCCAGUGCUCCAACGAGUCCUAGACAGCAUUUAAUAAUAGACGAAGAAACUUCUGAAGAAAAACACAUGACAGAGAGUUGUAUGGACCUCUCUAACACUAGAAAGUAUGGAAAGACUUCGAAGACCGAUGUACCGUACCAUAAGCACAUCCGCUAUGAGAUAGAAUCAGAAAAUGCUAGCGAUAAGGAAAACUCGGAAUUGAGGAAGGCUAUCUCGAUGUCUUGCAAUAGGUUGAAUGAAGGACCGGAAUUGAUGAAUCCGAAUUAUUAUUCUAUGGAUCGUAGACUUCUAAGGGAUUUGAAGGGAGAAAACUUAUGUAAAGAAGUCAUCCCUUCAAUAGCGUUACCAAGAAGUCUUGGACUUGGCAGGAAAUGGAGAGGCCCAGUGAGAUAUCCUGUAACACCUAUUAAAAAAUUCGAUAAAAACGAUAAAAAUAAUGGUUAUGAUGCAAAUACCACCUCAGAUGAGGAACAAGUGUUUAUUUGAUGUUUUAUGUUUAUAUUUUGAUUUUUCUUAUUUGCGAAUCCAAGCUGCUAAAUAUUAUGAUGAAACAGAUAUAGUAAUUCUUAUGGCUAUUUUAUAUCUCAUUGACCAAGAUAUAUGAGUAUAUUGACUAAUAGAGCUUCCUUAGAUAAAUGUCAAGUGCCGAAAUUAUUGAAGAUAAUAAAGUAAAAUAUUUAAUAUAUCACGAAGGACCUAUAAUGGUGAAGUUAUAAGUGAAUACUUAAUGUGACAAUUGAAAUAUUUCGAAUUCAACCCAACAGAAAAUAUUCCCUCAUUUGAAAAAAACAAUUUUUAAUUUCUUCCUUAGUAUGCAUAUUAUAUCACCUUUAUUUUCAUCAUUAUCCUAUUUUAUAUUUCUAUAGAAGACUAAUUGUGUUUUUUGAUACUGUCUAGUUUCAGAGAGUUUCAUAUCAAAAUAUAUCAACAUCUUAAACAAUAAUAAUAGGAGUUAUUCUGUGAAGCUACAGGUAUCAACAAAAUAGAUGUAAAAUUCCUAUUCAAUUGUUCAUAUCUUGAACAUAUCAAGUUUUGUCCUUGUGAAAAAAUGUUCUUCAGAUUUCAAAUGAAUUUCAUAUCAACAUAUAUUACUUUUUCAUUUAAGCACAUUUGAUUUCAAGGUUUCCCUAUCAUAUACACAAUAUGAUAUGGGCAAUAAAGAUUUUUUUGAUCUAAAUAGAAAAUGUGAAGUGUACUACUUGGAAUUGAGUUGUAUAAUAACUUAUUUGAAUUCUAUUUUUUUUCUUCAUUAGUUGAAGGUAUGGACUGCUACAGUCAUUAUAUCAUAAUGAUUUAAAUAAAUAUAUGUGAUGUUAGAGUAAAUAGUGAUAAUUUAGUAUGGCCAUUGUAAAUUGUGCCUAAUUUAAACAGUCUGAAUAAAAUCGUAUUAAUAAUGAAUAUAAUAUGCUUAGAUGAAACAAAAAUAUUUACGCCAUGUUUAUUGAUAUACUUAAUUAUAUAAAUAAGAUCAUGAACGAACAUAAUUAGUUUACUGAAUGUUAUAAUGAAGUGCAUAAUGAGAUGUAACUGUAUGUGUCUUUGGAAUUGUUGAUAUUCAGUAUAAUUUAUAAAAUUU